UAGAAGCGGAGAGCUGCGGGAAGGAGCGGCGGUUCUUCUCAGAACAGGAGAAAAACUGAAGAAAAACAGAAAAUAAUUCUUUUUCCUCGGUGUGGUGUGCUGAAAACAGUAGACAGCAAAAGGAGAUCUGACAUGCACUUGCAGAAAUCGCCAAAGGAGAAGUCGUGUUACACUCUGCCCACAGUGAAGAAACUCCUGGAGCAGAAGAGAAAGAGAGAGACUUCAUCUGUACCUCCGGCCUGCGCUUCUGCUGCUGCAUCCAGUACCGCUGGAGCCGUCGCGUCCGUACCAGUGUCAACAUCAGCUCCUUCUGCCAGCUCCAGCAGUAGCUAUUUAGACAUGGCAGCGAUGAGAUACGGCCGGUGGGAUACGGUGCCUCUACACCAGCAGCCGUGUGUUUCCUUCCAGACACUGGGGCUCAGUUACAUCCCCAACUCCCCCGCCCCUCACAGCUUUACCCCUGCCCCAGCCUACAGCCACAGCCUGCCCACCACGGAGACCCCAGCCACCAGCUACAGCCCACAUCAGCUCCAGGACUGUCAGGAUGGCCAGAUCCCGCAGCACUAUCCUGAUUGUCCUGUGACGGCAGCCCUGGCGGAUACCAGCGCUGCCACCGUUCAGAGCGGCUGCUACUCCUGGUCCAAUGAGCUCAGGACCCAGACCCCUGCAGCCGCCUGCGGCCUUCAGUACAAACACCAGCUGGACAUGGCCAAGCUGGAAGAGGCUCGGCAGUUCCUACAGGGCAUGGACUACAGCAGAACCACCUGGCAGGACGAUGACGGAGACACGAUUCUGCACAUCUACACCGCUAAGGGCCAGAGGGAGUACGCAUUUGCUGCAGCCGAGAAGCUGCAGGAGCUCGGGCGUCUCGACUCCAAGGAGCACAAGGGCAAGACCGCAUUGCUGGUGGCAGUGACAGCCAAUCAGCCAGAGAUCAUCCAGGACCUGCUCAGCCUGGGAGCAGAUAUGAGCAUCUGCGACAACAAAGGACAGACUGCACUGCACCUGGCAGCCACAUACGGAUACCCUCAAAUCAUGCAGGAAUUGCUGUCAGUGAACCCCAGGGUGGACAUGGAGGCCCGCAAUUUUGAAGGGCUCACCCCCUUGCAUUGUGCAGUGAUUUCCCACAGUGCCACGAUGAAGGCUCUUACUGCCUCCUCCUCCUCUUCCUCCUCCUCCUGGCAAACUGAUGGCAGUCUGCAGACUCAGGCCAAUAAUAAACUGUUCUGUGUGCAGCUGCUGCUGGAGGCUGGAGCUUCCCCUAUCAGCCAGGAAAUCAAAAGCAACAAGACCGUUCUCCACUUAGCCGUGAAAGAGGGGAAUAUCCAGCUGGUGCAUUUUUUCCUGAAAAUCCAACUGCCAGACAUGCAGGUUUUCAUCAACAUGAAGGCUCACGGGCACACAGCCCUACACAUGGCAGCAGGGCUUCAUGGAAACCCUCACCAGGAGGAGCUGAUCCGCCUGCUGCUGAGCAGAGGAGCAGACCCCAGCAUCCGCAACCUGGAGAACGACCAGCCCGCCCACCUGCUGCAGAGCGGCCAGCAGGGGGAAAAGCUCAAGCUCAUCUUGAAGAAGAGAAAUGCCUCCUCUAGGCGUCGUAUCACAUCCUUACAGGACCAAGAGUGACCAGGACUGUUUCAGUCCCACCGUUUAUAUCUCCCUUUACUUCUCUUAGGGACAUCAAAGGCCUGCACAUAGUUACGGGAAAAGCACAAGGCACAGCACUAUUUCAAACAGUGAGGAAAUAAAAACGAAAAAAUUGAUAUUCAUCGAUAGGGGUGGACGAUAUGACGAUAUAACUGUGUCACACUAUGGAGUUACGAGCCACGCAUGAGCAUUAUUAAUACUUUUAUUAAUACUUCUAAAGGCCUAACCAAGCAUUAGAAGAUCUUUUAAGUCGUAAAGUUGCCUAAAAAAAAUAGUGUCUUAAUAAUUCAGUUUGAGAGCUAAGAUGUGUUUAAUUCAUUUAUUAAAUGCAUUAAAAUGCAGCAUUUUUUAUUUAAUUUAAUUUAAUUUAAUUUCUCAAAGGACAUUAAAGGAAAGUAUUACAUAAAAAAUGUAUUCUAACUACACAGCUAGUUCUAUUAAUGCUGAAAGAUUUGAACCUAAAUGUAUGUGUAUAAAAACCUAUUUGUGGUGGAAGGAUACAUGCAAAGUGUUAUAAGGCAAAGUAGUUCCAAAAAUAAAACAACUGUUCCAACUUCAGACCUAAAAAAAAAAAAGUUAAAAUACAAAACUCGUUUUGUAUGGACAUUAUAUUGUCCCAGAUAUUUAAAUAUUAAAAUAUUUAAUAUUUUAAUUUCAAUGUUUUUUUUUUAACACAAAUCAAACAUUUAAUCUCUUCCAACCCUUUCAUUUCAUUACAGUUAUCUACUUAUUAUGCCUAUUUUUUAUAUAUAUAUAUUAUUUUUGAUUCUUGUUACUGACCUGGAAAUAUUACACUCCAUGUGUCCUUAAAGCUUUUAGAAUGUAAAUAUUUUUUUUUUUAUAUAAAAAUGCUUUUACUGCAGAGAAAACCUAAAAAAAAAAGUAAACUGCGAAACUUAUAAUGAUUAAUAGUAUUAUUGUAAUUUUAAGACCAUAUUAUGGCACUAUAUAAUGAUAUAAUGAUCAUAUAAUAUCAUAAUAAUGUAUUUACAGGUUUUUAAAGAGCAGUAAACUUUUAAUAAGUAAGAAUAUUCACUUCACACUUCGAUUGGAAAAUAAUAAACAAUGAACAAGUUAAUUUAACAAACAAAAUAAUUAAUAAAACCACAGUUUUGAACAAACACAGAGGCAUUUUUGAAAAAUCUUUCUCAAAAAAAAAAAUUGAGAAAUCUUGAGGAUUUCCAUUUAAGCAAUGAUUGAGGUCACGUCCCUAUAUCCUACAGUAUGUCGAUAAGUAUAAUAGUAUAUCGCUACAGUCCGACGACAUAUCAAGUAUAGUACAAAAAAGUAUCGUGAUAAUAUCAUGAUUUUUAUAUCUGAUAAUACCAUAUCGCCCACCCCUAAUGAUCACAAAGACAAUUAUGACAGUUAUGAAUGUUUGCAGACAUGAGCAGAAUUAGAUCAUAUUCACUCUCUCACUGUUUGAAAUGUGCUGCGGCCACAUCCGAUUAGAUUCUAUUUUAUUACAUUCAGAUUUUCACAUUCAGAGGCUUUUAUUCAGUGUAUCCUCUCAUGAGGGUGUUUUCUUUUUCUAAAGAGGAAGAAGUGAUUUCUGUGAAAUCUCCCACUAAUUCUUAAAAACCAUAUUGGUUUCGGAGGGGGGGAGGGGCUGGCCUGGCCUGGCUCCUCCCCUCGUACACUGCAUCAGUGUGAUUUACUCAACUAUAUUUAUUUUCCACGUCAUUUUUUAAUGCGUUACAUUUUUAAUGCAAUGUUUAAUUUUUGUUUGUUUGUUUUUUUAUUUUAUCGUAUUGUCGCUGCUGUGACUAGACCUCGUAUCUCCCGAGCGUAUGUUCCAAGUCUUUAGACUUACGUCAUGUUUACAGGUUUACAGAUUCCUUCCAAGUCAUUCUGACCAUUUCUCAUUACACACAGUGUAAAAAAAGACGGGAGAUAUGAGGUUUAAUACAUUCUGUAAAAGAAAUGAAGGUGCAGUGAAGUGUUCUUUGAGCAGGUUUUUGUGCUUAGCCUUAAAAAUAGCCUUAGUUUAAGUCUUUUUUAAGAUGUUUUAAACGUCUUGAAAAAAGCCAGAGAUA